AUGAACCGGAAGUUAGACGAGACCGUCAAAAGAAAACUGGUGAGCGGGAUUUUUUUGUUAUUGUUUUGUAACCGUUAAGGAAUAAGCUAUUUUUUUAAAUCCAAUACAUCAUUUUCAAUUUUUUAAUUUUUUCGAACUUUGAACUGUUUUCAAAUUCCUCACUUUCAGUCGCUGUCUAGUAGCGAGAAAAGUGACGAAUGGCUCUGUUCUUCUACUCAUCGACCUCAGAAAGAUGAAAGUAUUCCAAGAAAACACCUAAGAAAAAAUAACUAAAAAUGUUUAGUGAUAAAUUCUUCGGCUCGUCGUCGAAAAAAGAGAAAUAGGCGAUCCAUUGAUUUUCCUUCAACACCGAGGAAUCAACUGAAACGAGAACUACCCAAAAGUGAAGAACUUGAGAAGUGGCCGAGUGAGUGAAAUAAAAUAAGGAGAGAAGAAGUGAGUUGAAAUAUUUUCAAAAAAGGUAAUUCUCAACUCUCCAUAGCUCUCUCGAAAUCUAUCAAAGCUUGAACAAGAGCUUUUUCUUUGAUAUAAGAGAAGCAAAAAACGACCUGGAAGCGUUCUUAGGGCUGUCGAAACGAAAAAAAAAAUCCCGAAAAAAACUUCAUGAAUCUUUCAAAUUCCAGCCAAAAAGUUCUCCGAAUCGAUCGACUUCGAGAAGUUGCACAGUUUCAAGAUCAAAACAGUUUCUCAAGAAGAGAUGAAUAUUGAUAUUGAAGACCCCGAAUCGCCGCCAAAAUGGAAGAAAAGUAAAUAUCGCCUAAAAAAAAAAAUAAAACACGGAUUUAUUUCUAGCUGGUGAUAUCCUGGAAGCUCAAGCUUCGGAAACCAACACGCCCACUAUUUCUUUGCUUAAAAGAAAUUCCACUCAAUGUAAUUCUAAAAAUUUCACAGCUUCAAGACUUGAAUCGUUCAGCUUCCUCGGCUUCUACUCGAAAAACUCCGACGGGUUUCGAAAGGUUCCGCCAACGAAGGUCUCUUGUUGACUUCACCAAUCAAAAGAAAGAAAAGUCGGACAUUUCGCGACAAAAUGAAGACGCGGACAGCGGUGAGAUAUUCGGGCGGCGAGAAAGUUCUGUCGUUUUCUCGUGUUCCAAAGUAGUAUUAAAAGUUGGUUCAAGUCGAAAAAAAAGUUGAGUUGAAAAAAGUAAGGUUGAAAAAAAAAAGAAAAGAAAGCUGUUUUUAGUUUGGGAUUUAUCACCUCUGUUUUUUUUUUGAAAUCAAAAACUACAGUUUUUUUAAUGAUUUUCUCAGACUCUGGAUAACAUUUUUUCAACCACUUGUAUGAAAUAACAUUCUCGCCAGUCUGAUGAAAUCACGUGGGUACUGUGAAAACUGAACAAUUUUUUCAGAUGUGUCAGAUAUUUUUGAUGAUCUGCAACCUUCGACUUCUCAAUCAACUUUUUACACGCCUCAGCCGGCGAAAAAGAAAAGUUUGAUGUGGGGAAGCGACCUCAGAAUGUUCAGCACUCCGCCGUUACAGAAGAGUUUUUUUCUGGAAAAUAUUUUAUAUAUAUUUUUCGAUUAUAGCCGUGCUCUCAAAUAAAAGACGCUCCAUCGAAUCCCUGUUCAGUACUUUCGAAGGAAUUUCACCCAAAAACGACACCCCCAGUAAGUUUCUUGUUUGUUUUUCAAGGUUCAGAAUGCAAUUUUAGAUCUGGUUAGUUUUUUUAUUUUUGAAUUUUUCAAGUCUACUUCGAAAUCCACACAAACCUGAAUUUUUCUCAGAACGUCGUCGAUCUUUCAAAAACAUAUCAAGUAUUACGUGUACUCGAGAGGACUUGGAACAAAGUGUGCUUCUCAUUGAAGAUAUAUCCCCGACGAAAAAAUGGGUCGACGAGUUGAAGUGUCUUCCAGAAAUCAAUACUUUUCUUGAAAUCACAGUUUCAGACCUGUUCUCCCAGUAGUGAGAAAGGGGUUCUCGUCUCCGCCGGGACUAACUUCGGCUUCUGAUCAUAAUUUUCAAGGUAAAAUGAAGCAAGGACGGUCGUUUGAAGUUUUUCAGCUUCUGAAAAACAAGGAGCGUUCUCCCAGCCGGUCAACACACCAUUACUAGACGAUAUCAAGUUGAAUUUCACGCCUUCCAAAGGUUCAGACGACGGAAUCUUCCCGUUUCAGGUCUUCUUUUUUUCCUGACAACUUGCAGACUCCUCAGUUCUUAGGAAAAUUCCAUCGAAAUCAACGACGCCUCGCCGAUUCGGCAGACUUGCGCCCAUGAGUUUCUGAUUGAAGAAGCUGCGACGUGCGCGAUUCUUGACGGUUUCUAAGAGGAAGAAGUUAUUUAAAAAAAAAGACUGACUUCAGACACGGCCAAGUUUGAAGAAGAUCAGAGAAUAAGAUUAAUGGUGGGUUCGUGGAAAAUUGGCGUCUCAAAACUUAAUCACUGAAAAAGUUGAGCUUUUCGUGCACAAGCUUGACUAUAUAUACGAAUUGUUUUGCUGAUUUCAACCCUGCAGAAAGUGGUUGUCAAGAAAGUCCUUGAAAAAAAAUUAGACGGUCGACAUUUUUAGACUUUUUAUGGCGAAUUAGGCGAGCAGUUUAUUCGAAGAGAUAUCUUCGACUCCACUAAACUCGAUGAAACGCGAAAAAUAUUGGGAAUCAGAAAGUUUCCUGAAGUUCGUCUUACUAGAGAACGUUCUGUCUCAGCUCACAGUGGGGCUUCUUGAUAAAACUAGCCUCAGUAGAUGCAAUUCUUCACGCAAAAUUCCGAAUCUCUGAUAAAAAAAGUCUCCGAAAAUACUCAAUCUGAGAUACUGAAUUUUCGGACUUUUGAGAGUCCCUAACAUUUUUCACAGGCCUUGAGAGUCGUUUUUGAAACCAGAUUUGGAAUCAGCGUGAAAAACUGCAUCUAUUAAAUCUGGUCUCAUCCAGAAGUUACACUGUGAAUUAAGAAAAUUCUCUAGUUAGCAAAGUUUGACCGUAUCUCAAAAUAUGUAUGCUCCAAUUUUCUUCAUCAGUAAUUCUCGGCAAUUCGACAAAAUUCCCUUGAAGAACCGCGUCUCAGCGUCGUCCUCUGCGACGAGUCUCACUUCUUGGACCCGCAGAGUGUCUCCAGAGCCCGAGAAGAUCAAGUCGAGCGAAUCUGAAGAUCCAGAAGAUUUGGCUGAUGAUGAGAUCUGCGGUAGCCGAAUCGCUCGGAAUGAGCUUGUCGGGAUGGCGAGUGAGUUGCUCAUGUUAGAGUUCAAUCGAUUGAGUUUGUCGAGAAUUUUCGUUUUCUCAGUACUGAUUAAUUCUAUUCGCGCUAAAAUGGUUUCGAAUCCGAAAAAGAUCGAAAAUUCAGGUUUUUUUUUCCGUCAAAACGAUUGAACUCACUUGUUUUUUUUCUAAUGAAUUUUAUUUUAAAAACUGAAAGGCCCAAUGAAAUAUUUUUCGUUUUCAUGGAAUUUGAAGUACGGAACUUUUGGCUGAUUCGAAUUAUAAAUUCAUGAUCUGAAGAGAUAUUUUAGAUAAGUAUGUGACUAUUCUGUCCGCCCGUGUUUGCACGCCAUUUCAUUCCUUCCUUUCUUAUUUUUUGACAGUUUGCGUCAUGUAGUUUUGAUUCUCUCCCGCCGCAGAAUGAUUCAUUCUAUCGUUUCCGGCUCUGCGUCAUGAAUAAAAAAAAGAUUUGGCUUCGAACUGAAUUUUGUGGUUUGGCUUGAAUGUUUUCGGUUAAACGUUAUAUAUUUAGAUAAUUAAGUUUUUAAAUAAAUUUUUCCCGGUUCGAUCAAAAAACUUUCAGCUCAUUUUUCACUUCUUAUAGGUUAAGUUUUACAAAGUUCUUUUGUUUCUCUCUUUUUGACUCUUUUGACUCUUUUGUUCUUCAAAAAGCUCAAAACUUUAGGAGAGUUGAACUCGUUGAUGUGCUCGUUGAAGUGGGAAAGAGACGAAGCGAGAAGUGAUUUCCGGCUCGGAAGAAAUAAAAGACCAAUCAUUGAGCUUCAGCCGACCGGCGAAACUGUUUCGUGAGUUUUUUCUUUUUUCAAUUUCGAUGCCUCGACUAGAACCAUAUAAGCCUAUUAAUCAUUUAUCAUUCAAAAAUCGUCGUGUUCCAAGCAAAGAGCGUAACUCUUAUCUUUCUUUUAUCACAACUCCAUCAAUGGCGGUAUUAAUCACAAGCAAAGUUGGAGCCGUUUUUCUGCUGAUUGUGUUGAAUGUUGCAAUUUCGGCCGGUCACUUUAUGAUAGUUUUAUGGGAACAUCAAGAUAGUGUGGGAUCGCUGUCAUUUAUGACUCCGCUGAAAUGAAUUCUGAGAUUUUAAUAACGAGUUUACUAGUGUGUUCAAAACCGAUUUUUCCGUCUGGUUGGCUGUAUUUAUGAUUGGCUUGGGCUUUUUAGGCAAUAAUAUUUGAUUAUCUCGAAGGAACGUUUAAAUGCGCAGAGCUUACGUGUUAGCUUCAUAUCAUAGAAAUCAAUUCAAAAAAGGGUUGAUUUCCUUCAAAGUUCACUUGUUUUAAUAAUUUAAAGAAGUGAGGUUGAUGAGAAAAAUAAUAUUCUCAAUGUUUAUUAAAUGUUUUUGUUUUUCUCUUCUCACAAAAACUGAAUGAAUAGAUUUCGUACAAGGAGCGUCAUUCUGACAAUUUCUUUGAGAAAUUGGAUAAUAAAAUUCCGAGAAAACGUCUAUUAUAUCUGCAUUUUUUGCGACCAAAUGUUUUGGCGAGACGCACAUAAACAGGCGCCGCAAAAGCUGUGCCUAUCUAUGGAAAUUUCCGGCGGCGGCCCUCCUUUCAACUUUUUUAACCAUGGCGAUGAAACUUUCGAAAAUUUUGUUGCGAAUGAUUAUUGAGACUCUUUAAAUGUAAUUAUAAUUGUUCAAAUGACCAUUUUUUGAAGUCUGAACGGCAGAGACUUUGACUGUAAUUUUUGGGAAUUCAGAAUCAAAAAUAGCCAUAGGAAAUUGUACGGUUUCAGCUUCUCAUUGACAGACGGGCGAGAUUUAAGCUUUUGCGCUGAGUUAUGAAUUAGUUUUUGACCAUUUCGAAAAUAUUCAAGAACACUCUCCUUUGGGAUCUUUAGCCAACGAGCUUUUGGACAUGAGAAAUGAGUAUCACUAGUUGUUAUGACCAAGUACCAUAGCAGGAUCCCUUUCAUAUCAAUUAGAUCCAUUGUCAAAGCUGAAACUAAAGAGAACUGCUGAAAAUAGGGUUUUCCCAGUCAAAUAACGCUUGAAGGUGUGUCCACACGCUGUUUGAUCGACCGAAACGUGUGACUCGGAUAAACGGCCAGCGGUGGUAAUUUGAGAAUUGGCAAACAGUCGAAAAUUAGAAGGAGUGGACCUUCUCGCUUCCAGUUUUCGCCGCACCAGUACGAUUUUUUCAAGUUUUGUUUGUUUUAGAGCAAUCAGAGCAGUUGCGUGAGCUCAGCUGUGUUGCUUCAUGGAUCGGUUCGAAAUCGCUACUCAUCAUUUAUUGAGAAGUGUAGAAAAUGUACAAAAGGAGGACUCUCGAAGAUUUUUUAUAAAUCUUUGUUGACUUUUUCUUGAGAAGCAAAAAUUGACAGGAAAGAAGAUUCAUAAAAGAUCAAGUUUUCAAAAAGUCAGUUGUAAACCAUUUGAAGCGCGGCCAACUGUGAAAUAACGACUGUCCAGCCGUCUCCUUCAAAUAUUUUGGGAACAUUUUCCAAUAGCAUUUUCUGAGAAGGAUACCGCAAAUAGUUGCAUAAGGUGAGGCGGUAGAGAUAAGAUGAUUGUGCACGGCUGAACACCCGGGGCAAUCGAGACGCUUUUGUCUGCCUGUGAAGGAACGGAUGUUUCCAAACACACAGCGGACACUCAUACAAACACAGUCGCACAAUGAGGCCGUUCCCACGGAUGGCAGCAAACAAAUCGCGGCUCUUCCUCUGCUUCUUCAGUGGCGUCGGCUUCUUGUCGCUUCCUUGAUUCGAUUGCGAGUAUGAUCUUUUGAUAGAAGCUCGGACUCGGGCAGGGUUUGUGGCAACAGGUGGAAAGAGAUCGGAAGUCGGGAUCUUCAGCUGUAGACGCUCAAAAGAAGUUCAUGGCACCGUUCAAGGCGGAAAUUUACUUCGUUUUCAAAAAAGUAGCAAAGAUUAAACAACUUUUGACGGAAAAGAUCAUCAAAAGGAGGCCGCUUGAGGAAUUUUUCCCUGGGAAAAGGCUUGGAACUGAACUCGAAAAACGUUUCUUCUCUUUUUCCCAUUUCAGAGCUACCUUUACCCUUUUCAAAUGAAACAAAGAAUAAAUUCUUGAGCUUCCAAGGUCUUCUGCCUUCAUUGAGCUAAUAAUAUACGGAUUAAUGAGUGUCCCGCUUAAAUUGUCUGAAUAAAACUAGAAAAACAGAAACAGGAGGGAUUUUUAAAUUGACCAAUGGUUUGUGCAUUAUUUGGGAUGAGUUUGUGGCGUAGGAACUAAAUUGUUUUUGGAGAUCAGAGUCUGGUGAAAGAUUCUCUGAUCGAUUUGCGCUAUAAUCAAUCAGCCGAAGGAUUUUUUUUGCCUUUCAUAAAAAAAAAAAGAAACCAUUCGGCUAAUAAUCUUCCUUCAUAGAACCCUAUUUUUUAUCAAAAAAUCUUCUUUUUUUCAGAGCCUGGGGCGUCAAUCUGCUGGCACUCAAGACAGGUCAACUCGUAUUGCAUCGCCAAGAAAUCCAACAAAAAGAGCCGGCGGCGCCUCGAAGCCACGCCUCCAGCCAAAGCUCCGCCUCCUCGACCGUCAACAACAACACAGUUCGCGGCAGCCUGCAGGCCCUCGGACCAUUGCCUCCGCCGUUGCUCAUCUUACCUCAGCUUCCUCCGGUCAUCUUUGAUCCCGUCAUUAUUGGCUGA